UUCAAUCUAUGAUACUGUUGAUAAAUGUAACUAUUUCGUGUCAAAUGUAAAAAGUAAAUAUACUUGUAAUAAUUAAAGAAAGAGCGUGAAGGCUUUUAAUUUGGUCAAAAAAAUAGUAAUAAUUUAACCUCAUAUACACAAAAAUGGCACUGAAUUCAGUAGAAUGGAAAAUCUGCACCGACUAUAAUAUAAAAACUAAUUCUCUGGAUAAGAUUUUAGUGAAUGAUCAUCCACUUAAAGUUGUUAUGGUAACUGAGAGAAUACCUAGAAGAAUUUUUGGGUCGCAACCCAGUACAGGCCGCACAACUCCAGUUUCCACCCCAGCAUCCAUUUUGGAACCGUUAGCUCUUGCUCUUAAACAACUAGAUCCUUUAUCAGAAUUUACUAUGCAGGAAAUGGAUCCUUUAUCAAAAAUGGCUGCAGAAAUGGAUAUCACGGAUAGUUCAAAAUCUUCAUCGUCCAAAACUGUAGACGAUAAUGAUUUUGCUAGUAUGGAGCCCUGGUCAACGAGAAAGACGGCUAUACUUUCGAAAUAUACCACUUCUGAAAAAUUGUCAAUGGUUACAAGUUUUUUAUCUGAAGGAGAAAAAGUAAUGGUGAAAGCUCAAAGUACUGCAGUAGACAAGGUACAGCAUAGAUUGGAGCAACUCGAUUGUUUUGAAGAGGGAUCUCAAAGAAAAAUAGAUCUCUCACAAGCGGAAUAUGUUAGCAGAAUUGAGCAAUUAAACAAAGAAUUAGUGUCUGCUUGGAACUCUGAACAAAGAGUAAAAGCAUUAAAAAUCGCAAUACAGUGUGCGAAAUUGUUAUCAGACACUGAUGUUUUGCCAUUUUAUCCAAGUAAAUUUGUUCUUGUAACAGAUAUAUUGGACACAUUUGGAAAACUUGUUUAUGAUAGGUUGAGGAUGAAAGCGGAUUAUUAUAAACCUGGAUCCAAUAAACCUGUUCCUUUACCAGAAGAUUUUACUCCCGACAUGGUACCUCAGUCAGCUAAAGAAACGUGUUUGAAUUGGUUCUACAAAAUUGCUUCUAUUAGAGAACUUAUACCACGAAUAUACGUUGAAAUGGCUUUAUUAAAAUCAUAUAAUUUUAUUUCAUUUAAUGACUGUCCAGAGGCUCUCCUUAGAAUAACAGACAUGAUACAGGGUAUGGGAAACCCUUUAGUGGCAGUAUAUGCAAGGUGCUAUCUUUGUAGAGUAGGAAUAAAUGUUUCUCCCAAAAGAGAUAGUUGCAACUUUUUAAUAAAUAAUUUUACUGGGUUUCUGGACUCGUAUCAGCAUAUAUUUAGUCGAAAGGUGAAAGAAGAAAUAUAUAAACAAAAUAUGCAUAUAUCUACAUAUAUGACUUUGUAUACACCAGCUUUGGAUUUCAUUUUAAAUGGUGCAAUUUGUAAAGUUAAUGAUACUGUAUUAACAGAUAUUCUUAACAUAUGUCAUGAUUAUAGUAAUAGUUCUUUAAUACUGAAUACAAUCAUGUCGGGAUUUAAACCAACAUACAUAGCAGAACGAACUUUAGAAUUUCUUGCUAUGAUAGGCAAAUGUUCUGACGAUGGCAUUCCACUAUAUUUAUUGUUAAGGACAUUAGGGUUAUGUGUUACUGUUUGUCCACCACCAACAGACCAAAGAAGAUAUAUUUUAAAUGUCGUUUGGAAGGAUAUUUCACAGUUGGAUAAUCCUAGAGAAUAUAUAACUUGUACGGAGGCUUGGGUCCCAUACGUUGUUCAGUACUUUACUACAAGAGAAAUCAAUGCAAUGAUGGGGGACAUUAUUGAUCAUAUGACUCCAAACCGAAGUUAUGAAAAAUAUUAUAACGAACUAAAACUAAUAAUAGGAAAAGUGGUUUCUCAUAUUCAAGAUUUUGAGUUGUUAUUGGUUAUGGAUAAUUUUUUGCCUCUAGUGGAUCUAUUUCAGCAAGAUUCAGUCAGAGUAGAAGUUUGUAAAAACAUAUUAACUUUGUGUAAUAAUGAGCACAAAACGAAUGACCCAGUAAUUACAAAUGCUCUGAUGUUCUUAUGCAGUGUUUUGCAUGAUUCAGUUAAUGCCCUUACGCCCGAGGAUGAGUAUAAACAAAUUGGAGAAAUCUUAUGUAACGUUGUUAGGCGGGUUGAUUAUGGGAGAGAUUUUGAACAGCAACUUAAUUUUUACGUUGAAGCUCGAGGAGCAUUUUCUAAUAUUGAUGUAGUUUUAGCAGAACUAGUACAGUGUGUGAAUUGUUUAUCAGUGAAUACGAGACAAAUAAUAAAAGGUAUACAUACAAGAAAAACUGGAGAUUUUGUAAGAGCUUGUGCUGCUUACUGUUUCAUUACAAUUCCAUCCAUAGUAUCAGAAAAGUCUCGAAUGGAACUUUAUUUAUUAUCUGGAAGAGUUGCAUUAUUCAAUCAGUGUUUAGGACAAGCUGAUGCUUGUUUUAAAGCAGCACUUGCGAUGAUUCCCACCUUACAAGAUGGCUUUACAAAAUCUGAAACGUUUUUGAUACCAUAUAUAAAAAAUUUCUUGUCGACUCUUCUGGUAGUACCUGAUAAUCCUGAAAGGGGAGUCCUCAGUUUAGUAAGAAUUUUACUGAAUGUAUUGAGAGAAUUUGAUUGGAACAAACAGCAGUGUGGCUUGGGCUCGAUAUAUGUCAGUGUAAUAGAUAUGUUGAGUGUUAUGGGACAAGAAAUUUACCCAUAUCACGUCGACAAAGUUGAAUCAAAUGACUCCCUAUAUGGAUCUGAUCCUAAAUUUAUAUCAGAGAUAAACAACAUGUGUUCCAUAAUUAUUAGUGAAAUUUUGAAUUUACUGAAAGAACUUGGUAGUUGUCGAAGGCAGUCGCAAAUAGCCGUGGAUUUAUUUAUCAGAAUAGCGACAAGAGGAGAUUUAAGUUGUGGCCCCGUUUUCCAUCUAGCACUUAACUUAUGGCAGUUGAGUUUAAAGAAUGGUUACGGUGAUAUAAAACAUAUGGCUCGACUGAAAGACUAUUUAAAAAAACGAAGCCUGGAUAACAAUAAAUUUCAGCAGUUAGUACAAAAAAUGGUUAUUCCACAACAUGUAUAAUAUUUUCAAUGAUAAGAAGUUUAAUAAUACAUUUAAUAUUAUAUGAUAA